AGUAAGGUGCACAGCCCGGACAGUCCUUCAGCCAGCAAGGAGGUCGGCAGAGACACACCGAGCACGAUGCAGGCCUUGAUUCCAGUUUUCGCGAUUCUUGGCGUGACGGUGGGCGCGCAGCUGACCCUGCUGCCCUACGCUUAUCUGGCAGAUCCGCUUCCGGUGUACCAUCAGUCGCAGGACACGCGUGCCGGAGUACACGCGUACAGCUACGCCGGCGGCCCGUCUGCCAAGGAGGAAAUCCGGGGUCUCGACGGGGUCACGCGUGGCUCCUACAGCUACGUAGAUGCGCACGGUAUCCUGCAAUCCGUCUUCUACGUCGCGGAUGAGGACGGCUUCCGCGUCGCGGCGACAAAUCUUCCUACAGACGGUAAUCUACCGCUCGAGACCAGCGAGGUCCUGUUAGCCAGGUACACCCACCCGCAGGAACUCGUGAAAGCCACCACCGAGGAGGAGAAGGGACACUUAGUGAGUCGUAGGAAGCGCAGUCUCGAAGCAUCGACCGAUCAAGAUCAUCAGACAGAAAAUCCAAGUUCCCAGGAAGAUCAGGCCUCGGAUCGAAACUCGGCGGCGAUCGUCUUACCGAAGAAUUCCCACGAGCUUUCAGCGCCGGAAAAAAAAUCCGACAAAGGUCGAGUCAAUCGCGACGCCGCGGGGUCCAUCGUUGCGCCCGUAUAUGGUCUGCUAGACUCGGCUCUGAUCCCGAGAUUGACCGGAGCGGCGAUUUCUCAUCAGAGCCGCGUCGAUGUUCACAAUAACAUUCGUUUGAAGGCCGUUCAACCUAUCAAGACGAAUCCUGUCGGAAUCCUGUCGGAACCUGCUGAGACUGUGAUCCUUCCCAGUCAGGUACCUUUGGCGACCUCUCAUCAGAGUCGCGUCCAGGUACAUAACAAUCUUCGCGUCGAGGUGCCGGAAAAACUCGUCAAUGUAGAAACGAUCGAGGUUCAGCCGCAGAUAGCAGAGGCAACCGCCGUCAAGUUGGAACCGCUUUCGCUCGUUUCUGAUUACAACGAAAAUCGGAUUCAGUUUCACAGAAAUCUCGGAUUGGAGGGCUCAAAUCGCAAGGAUGCCGUGAAGAUCGAUGCGGCACAGCUAGCCAUCAUCGAAACGCCGAUCGCCGCUGUACAUGCGAUUCCGGUCGCCAAGGAACCAGUUCCUGUCGUCAUCAAUGAAGCAGUUCCGGUGAUCACUAAGCAGGCACUUCCGAUCCUCGCCAAGGAAUCGGUUCCUGUCGUCGUCAAUGAAGCAGUUCCGGUGAUCGCCAAGCAGGCACUUCCGGUCCUCGCCAAGGAAUCGGUUCCUGUCGUUGUCAAUGAAGCAGUUCCGGUCGACGCCAAGCAGGCACUUCCGGUUCUCGUCAAAGAAGCGAUUCCGGUCGUCGUGAAGGAGGCUUCACUUCCAGUCGUCACUGCCGUCUCCAAUCAGAAUAGGAUUCAAAUUCAUCGCAAUACCAAACUCGAAGCUGUACCGAUCGCGAGCGAACCGACCUUAUACUGGGCGACUUCCUAUGCUCGACCGAUCAGUACUUGGCCGAUUUUAACACCGAUUGCUCAAUCUUCUCAAUAUCGCCAUCAGAUACACUCGAACGAGAAAAUUGAAUUCCCAAAAUAAGAAUUCGGCCGUUUCGUUCGUUGAUGUCGCGAGAAUUUUCUUUGCGCGGUUUAUAUUUAUUUUCAUUGUUCAUCAUAACUUUUAAUAAAUUUUUCGUAACAUGAUUGAUAAACAAUUUUUUAAUUUGGCUCUUUACGAAAUAGAUUCAAAAUAUCUAAACAUUUUAUAGAUAUUUCAUAGAAUAUUUCUUUAAAUGAAUCUGUAUUUUUAUUUUUUUUUAAGUAAAAGUGAUUGUUAAAAGUAAUAUUGAAAUCGCAAAAUUAAUCGUAACAAAAAUCUAGACUUUAAAGAGUCAAAAGAAAACGCGCGGAUAAGUCAUUCGCAUCAUGCUUAAAUAAUUAGAAUAAGAUUAUAUCUUCAGCGAGAGUUUCAUGAAUGAUUGAUUAAUGACAAGUUCGUUCAUGAUAGCUCGCUCUUUAGAUAUCAUUAUUCGUUCUCGUCUUGCAUUCAUUUAUCAUGUAACAAGCAUCUUACAAAUUUGUAUUAAAUUAUUGUACGAUUAUACGAUCUUCGUCCGAUUCAUUAAAAACGAUUCAUUAAAAAAUCGUCAAUCUUUUGUGUAAUUAAUAAUAAUUUUAUGUAAUAAAUUAUUACGUUUCUCUUA